AUGAGGCUCGUCGUCAUGCUCCUUCGACGCCUCGCCCUAUCGGCCGCCCUCGCGGCCGGGGCCGUCGCCAAACCCCUCGCCGCCGCCGACACCGCCGCCGCCGGAUCCGCCAUCGACCCCUGCUCCGUAGUCCGCUGCGGCUGGAACACGGUCUGCGUCGUCGUCAACGGCCGCGCCAAAUGCCUCCCCGCGAGGAGGAACCCCCGGCGAGCUCCCCGUGGAUCCCCUCGCGUGCGGGCCCGUAACUUGCGAAAAGGGCCUCGUGUGCUGCAACAACACGUGCGGCAUCUGCACCAAGCCCGGCGAGGGCUGCACCAUGCAGCUCUGCUACCCCGAGGGGGUCCCCAGUGCGGCGACGUCCAGUGUCAGGAAUCCGAGGAGUGCUGCAACGCGAGCUGCGGCAUCUGCACCAAGCCCGGCAAGGGUUGCAUCAAGAAGCUGUGCGCCAAGGCCGUCCCCUACGAGCUGCUCGAGGAGAAUAAUAAGCGGGACCUCGUCGACAGGGCCGACGACCUGACCAGCAUCGCGGCCAACAGGAAGUGCGGCAAGGUUACCUGUCCCAAGGGCACGUCGUGCUGCAACUCGAGCUGCGGUAUCUGCGCGGAGCCCGGCGGCGCGUGCCACCAGGCGAUCUGCGAACCUAAACCCCCCUGCGGUAUCUGCGUGCCUCCCGGCGGCGCUUGCCACCAGGCGCUGUGCGAGGGCGUUCUCGAACCCAUCCCCGAACCCGAGCCCACCGAGCCCGUUCAGUGCGGCAAGAACACCUGCGAAAAGGGCGAAGUAUGCUGCAACGAGUCCUGCGGCAUCUGCACCAAGCCCGACGGCCCUUGCCCUCUCAUCCUGUGCCUCGACGACGGGCCCAUCGAGCUCCCCGAGCCGGUGCCCACCCCGGGCCAGUGCGGCAAGGUCAUCUGCCCCAAGGGCACUUCGUGCUGCAAUGCGAGCUGCGGCGUCUGCACCCCACCCGGCAUGGAGUGCACCCAGCAGGUAUGCGAGGAAGUCGACGCCAUCCUCCCCAUCGCCGCCCGCGCCGAGAUCGCGCCCAAGCCCCUCCCCGUGCCCUUGCGGCGUCUGCGCCCGCCCGGCGGCGCGUGCACCCAGCAGAUCUGCCCCAGCCUCGACUCCGAGCUCUCUGGUGUGCUGCCCCGCGAGGAUGUCCCCGAGCCCUCGGCCGUGCCGAAGCCCGAGCGCGUGCAGUGCGGCAAGACGACGUGCCAAAAGGGCGACGUGUGCUGCAAUGCCAGCUGCGGUGUUUGCACGAAGCCUGGUGGCGCGUGCACUGCGCAGUUUUGCUCCGAUGACGAUGUGCUGCCUGUUCCGGAGCCGGAGCCUGAGCUAGAGAAGUGCGGCCCUGCUACGUGUGGCGAGGGGCAGGUCUGCUGUAACCGGAGCUGUGGGAUUUGCACGCCGCCCGACGGUGCCUGCGUUGAUUUGUGGUGCGGACCUGAAGAGCCCGAGGAGCCUGAGGAGCCUGAGGAGAUUCCUUGCGGACCCAACACUUGCUCCAACGGUGAAUACUGCUGCAACGAGAGCUGUGGAUACUGCCGAAAGCCUGGUGAGCCUUGCACCGAGGAAGGUUGCAUGAUUGGUGAGCCCGCGCCCGAGCCUGAGCCUGAGCCGGAGGGUGAGGCUUGCGGUCCCAACACUUGCGCUGUCGGUGAAUACUGCUGCAACUCGAGCUGCGGAUACUGCAGGGAGCCCGGUGAUGGCUGUACCAGGGAACUUUGCCUUCCCGAGGAGACCGAGCAGCCCGAGCCCGAACCCGAGGGCGAGUCUUGCGGUCCCACCACCUGCGCCGUCAACGAAUACUGCUGCAACUCGAGCUGCGGAUACUGCCGAGAGCCCGGCGAGGGCUGCACUAGGGAAUUCUGUCUCCGCGAAGAGCCCGUGCCGGAGCCUGAGCCCGAGGGCGAAGUCUGCGGUCCCAACACGUGCGCCGUGGGUGAAUACUGCUGCAACGAGAGCUGUGGAUACUGCAGGAAGCCUGGUAAGGGGUGCACGGAGGAGUUUUGUCUUCCUCCCGAGGAGCACGAGCCGGAGCCCGAGCCUGAGGCUGCGGGUACUGCACUGGUCCUGGCGAAGGGUGCACCAAGGAGUUCUGCUUCCCCCGAUGAGACGGACCCCGAGCCCGAACCCGAGGGCGAGCUCUGCGGCCCUAAUGUUUGCGGCGCCGGAGAAACUUGCUGCAACUCGAGCUGUGGUUAUUGUACCGCACCCGGCGAGGGUUGCACCGAGGAGUUCUGCCUCCCGCCCGACGAGACCGAACCCGAGGAGGACCAGGAAGACUCCCCUGCGCCCGACAUGGCGUGUCCGAUGAUUGCGUGCCUCGACCCCGAAGAGGAAGUGCCCGAGGUUCCUGAGAUCCCCGAGGUCGACCAGGAGGACUCGGAGUGCGCCGGGUGUGUCGUGUCCGAUGAUUGCGUGCAACUAGAAGAAGAGAGGAUCUGA